GACACGCUUUACGUCUGUUUGGGAGGCUGAUUCAAAAUGGAGUAGAGAUUAGAGGCUUGAACUCAACCAAAUCAGGUUCAGCAGCUGUAUUUUCGUCUUUACAUCGUUUUUAUUAAAACCCAGUUCGACUACUUAGAAAAUUAAUAACCUCAAUACAAUGUCAGAAGAAAAGAAGUCCAGCUCUUUAGGUUUCUUUUCGAGCUACGACGAUUUGAGCGACAGCAGCGACUCAGACGAGGAGGGAGGCAGUCGGAAGAAGAAACCGGGGACAGAAGCUGCGGGAAGCGGAGCCGAGUCCUCCCAGCACGGGACCAAGCGAGCGGCCGGUGGAGCUCCUUUACCCAGACCUGACGAGCUGUUCAGCUCCGUGUCAAAGCCUGCUUUUCUCUACAAUCCGCUGAAUAAGCAGAUAGACUGGGAGAGUCUGACGGUCAAAGCUCCUGAAGAGCCUGCCAGAGAGUUUAAGCCAUGGAAGACAAAUGCUGUGCCCCCUCCUGAGAGCUACACUGCAGAGCCAGAGAAGAAGAAGGGACCUCCCCCAGGUAUGGACAUGGCUAUUAAGUGGUCCAAUGUGUACGAGGACAAUGGGGAAGAUGCACCGCAGCCUUACACUGGCAAUGCCCAGUUUCUACCUGCAGAGGAGCAACCAUCAGACUCAGACGAGGAAUCAGAGAAACCAUCCCUCUCUGCCAAGAAACGUCGAGUGGAGACCUUUCAGCAGAAGGAGAAGAGGAAGAGGGAUUUGGGACAAGCCACCUCUGACAAGAACUUCGUAGAGGAAGAGAAAAGGAUCCUCAGGCAAAAGGCUGAGUGAGGCCUCAGCAGCCUGCAGCAAGGCAUCUGUGUCUAAUCUAAACGUUUUAGUUUCAGCCGUGGACAUUCACCAACAUUAGCAUAGUGGUCAGCUAGGUGGCAACCAUUUUAUCUAUAUGUUGUUAUGCUGUAGUUUGCAAAAUUGUUGCAUUUGUUCUGUUUUCAAAUGACUCAGCACAUUUGCAAGAAAAGCUUUAUAUCAAUGGUGUAUCAAUUUGAGAGUGUGACAGUCUCAGUGCAAAAAUGUAAACCUAAGAAUUUAGAUUCUGUCAAAUCCCUGCUGACUGUUUUCCCAAAUCAAAGGGGAAUUCAGAUGUUUUCAGUUAGGGUCAUAUUUUCAUAGUUUUGACCAUUGUCCCUUUUAUUUUUUAUUCGCUCGCUCUGUUCGAGAGACACUGAGAUGAGGGAUAUCACCAGAUACAGCUUUACAUUGUGCACAGAGCACUGGGCAUUACCAAACAAGAGAUCAGACAGAUUUGGUCCCAGUUUGGCAUCAUGUUUGCUUUAUUUCAGAAUAUGUAGUGUAGACAACUGGGUGAAAUGGGACUUCUGAUUGCUCUUGUCCUAGCGUCCCUUGAUCUUUGCAAAGAUGUAAAGCCAAAACUAAAAAAAACAAGUUAAACACAGCAGUUUUCCUAUGAAUGAGGGUUUAGCCAUUCAGCUGUGACACAUUAAACAUUAAGUGUGGUCAUUUGGCUUUGUCUCCUUUUUUAAUUUAAUGACUUAAAACAGUGACGUUUUGCAGUGGUGUUUACUUGGUCUGUGUUUGUGGUUGUCUUGUACUAUACUAAAUAUCUAUUCACCACUGAAUUAUGACUGUGCCUGUGUUGUGGUAAUGCAGUGACUUUCCUUUAAAAAUGUGAUUAAAAUGACUAUAAAUCUGUUGAAAUAAUCCUUUUUUCACAGAAGACACUUUAACUUGUCACAGUAGGAUAAGCACAGUUGUCGCUAAUAACGUUAAUUGCAGCUCUGUUCUUUUCAAGUGUCCCAGACAGUCGGUCUGCACACACAGGAUCAUGACCCUGAAACUAAAGCAGCUAAAUGGAACUGAGCCAUCACUAAUUUUAUUAUUUACACAUUUGUUUUUCCUGCUGUGACAUGCCAAAAUGUCGUCAGUGAAAAAAGGCCUCUUACUAUUUAAAGAAUUGCUUGUUCUUCCUGCUUAUGGGCACUAGAUGGCGCCUUUAAGCUACACUUACAAUUCACUCCCUUCAUGUUGAUUGUGAAGUCUGCCACACUUUGUGUAAAUGUUGGACACCCAAAUCACAACCAGGGUCUGUGUAUAUAAGUUAAGAUUUUGACAGAGGGAGUGCUGAUCUUCAAUUUGGAAGUUUGUCUUAUCUCAGUUCUCUUGAGAUACUGGAUGCAUACAGACUAUUUAUUCAGUCUCGUGUACCUUGUAUUACAUAACACUUUGCGUGUGUGGUGAAAUAAACAAAAGCAGCUUCCUGUAUAUUUCGUAUUAGUACAGAAUAUUAAUGGAACAUUGUACUGUUGUACAUUUCUGCCAGCAAGUCUUCUCAGUCAGUGACAGUUGAACAGUUGAAUAUGGAGAAUUUUAUAGUUUUGUUUUCAGUGAGAAAUUAUUUAUCAGAAACCACAUAGGCAAUAAAAGAUAUUUUACUGGCAAAA